AUGGGCAGCUAUCUACUCUCCAUCCUCGCGAUAGGCGCAACCCUCCCAUGCGUCGUCGCCAGGCAACAGUUCACAUUUGGGACCAACUGGCAAGCCCAGUUCCACAGCCUCUCGAGCCCGGUCAACGUUGCCAGUAAAGGCCCACCGUCCGGCGAGGACGAAGACCGCAUACCUAUACGAAUUGACAAUCGCUGUGAGGACACGAUAUGGCCUGGUAUCUUCACCCAAGCCGGCACAGGUCCCGGCACAGGAGGCUUUGAACUCGUUCCGGGGAACAAAACUGAGCUGUGGGUGUCACCCGACUGGCAAGGCAGGAUCUGGGGGCGGACAAACUGCACGGUCGAUGGCGACAGGGCCUCUUGCGACACAGGCGAGUGUGGAAAGUUGGAUUGCGAGUCCAGCGGCGUACCUCCAGCGACUCUAGCCGAGUUCACGCUCGCUGGCGGCGAGAACAAUAUGCAGACUUUCUACGACGUUUCUCUCGUAGACGGCUACAAUAUCCCCAUUGCCGUCAAUCACAUCCCGUCCAAGAACACGAGCUUUAUCCCUCCCAACCUCACGAAUCUCGCUUGCAUUGCCACGGCCGGCUGGCUGUAUGAGUCCAAUGCGACGAGCACCGUCUACGCCAACACAUCCUAUCCAGUCCCGUGGGAGAUGGACGAGUCGAACGACAGCGUGAGCUCCUGGUGCCCGUGGCCGUACCUCAAGUUCCCACCAGCCAAACCAGGCCACGGUGUCUUUCCGUAUCCCGACGACAAUAUCGAGCGGCCGGCGUUCUCACCUUGCAACAGUGCUUGCGCGGCUUCCGGCAAAGACAAGGAUUGUUGUGCUGGAAAGUAUAAUGAUCCGAAAGUCUGCAAGCCGUCGCGGUACAGCAAGACGGCAAAGGAUGUCUGCCCGGACGCGUAUAGCUUUGCCUAUGACGAUCAGCAGUCAACCUUUAUCAUCCCAAAGGGUGGAGGCUGGGAGGUUGUGAUGUGCCCCAAGGGGCGGUCGACUACCAUCCUCCGCCAACUGGGCGAUGUGAUGUUUGGGUUGGCGGACAGUGGUGAACUCUCUGAUGAAGCACUGGCCCGUCUUCAGAACACCACGUUUAUCAACAUGGAGAAGGGGGCAGGGAGCGGGUUGACUGUGGAGCUGACAUGGCUCGUGUUGACGGUCUUGCUGGUGGUUUCAUUGUCGGUGUGA